AGCUUUACAGUGGUAGUAAUGUAGUGUAGUGUAGUAUGAAGUAGAUUUUGGGGAAAUUAAAAACAUGGCAAAAAUUCUACGUUUUGGUUCUUUUCUUCUGUGAAGCUGUCGAUGAUCAAACCUUAAGAGUUUCCAUCUUCAUGUUAUCAAGUAAAGCAGCUGUUAAAGCAGAUCCACAGGGUGAGGGUUAUCAUACCACUCAGGACUCACACAUUGAGAAGCAGAACGUCGGUGUAGUAAACGCUGUGUUUCAGGUGAUCCACUGGAACUCUCCCAAGAAGCUCCGGGUGAAGAACAAACACGUGGAGUUCUUCAGGAACCUCUACCUCACCUUCCUGGAGUACGACGGGAACCUGCUGAGACGAGAGCUGUUCGGCUGCCCGAGUCAGGCCAACCCAGAGAGCGUCCAGCUGCAGGCCGCUCUGGAGGAGCUGGACGAGGACGACCAGUGUUACGACUUCCGUCGGGAGCGGCUCACCGUCCACAGGGUGCACCUCUACUUCCUGCAGUACGAGUACACGCCCACCGAGGACGACACCGACAUCACGCUGGUGGCCCAGCUCUCCAUGGACAGGCUGCAGAUGCUGGAGGCCAUCUGUAAGCACUGGGAGGGCCCCAUCAGCCUGGCGCUCUACAUGUCCGACGCCGAGGCCCAGCAGUUCCUCCGCUACGCCCAGGCCUCCGAGGUCCUCAAGAACCGCAAGAAUGUGGGCUACCACAUCGUCUACAAGGAGGGCCAGUUCUACCCCGUCAACCUGGUGAGGAACGUGGCCCUGAAGAACGCCAACACGCCCUACGUGUUCCUGACGGACGUGGACUUCCUGCCAAUGUACGGCCUCUAUGAUUACCUCAGGAGGACUGUGGUGCAGCUGGACAUGGCUCACACUAAGAAGGCUCUGGUGGUUCCAGCGUUCGAGACGCUUCGGUACCGUCUGUCCUUCCCCAAAUCCAAAGCCGAGCUGCUCUCCAUGCUGGACAUGGGGACUCUCUACACCUUCAGGUAUCAUGUGUGGCCUAAAGGUCACGCUCCUACCAACUAUGCCAAAUGGCGAACAGCCACCACACCUUAUAAGGUGGAGUGGGAGCCGGACUUCGAGCCGUACGUGGUGGUGAGACGGGACUGUCCCGAGUACGACCAGCGCUUCGUGGGCUUCGGCUGGAACAAGGUGUCGCACGUCCUGGAGCUGGAUGCACAGGAGUUCGACCUCAUGGUCCUCCCCAACGCCUUCAUGAUCCACAUGCCCCACGCUCCGAGCUUCGACAUCUCCAAGUUCCGCUCCAGCUCCAGCUACCGCAACUGCCUGAACACCCUGAAGGACGAGUUCCACCAGGACCUGUCUAGGAAGUACGGCUCGGCGGCUCUCAAGUACCUCACGGCCCAGAGGACCAUCUGAGGACCAGAAGGCUACCGAGAGCCGGGGCCAGUCCGUCGGUCGGACCCCCGGAUACCAACUGACGUCGCGGCACACGGCGCCAACAAUGACGGUAGAGCUUUACAGCCCCUUUUAGAACAUUCUCUGGGCUCCUGUGCGUUAAAUUGUUCAGGCGACCGAGAGGACGGCGGUGGAUUUCCUAAACGCUGGACGGACGAGUGCGGAUACUGUCGGGACUAGCUUUAAGGCCGGGAAACAACAACCAUAUUCUUACUAACUUGUUCUGACAAUCAGGGCUUUCCUUCCAGAAGACGUGUGGACGUGUGGUCCAGAUACAAACAAAGACAUCUGAACUGGAGAAAGAUGUUUCAGCCUUAUCACUCUCCAUGGUAUCACUGAGAUAUCUCAUAUUUUCAUUUCUUUCUUGUUCUUUUUUCGCUGUGUAAAAUCACAACCAAUGAAUAAGGAUCGUUGACAUUUACAAUGUUCUUUGAUUACGACUUUAGAAUCAGUUAUUUUUUUUGCUUUCUAUAUUUUCUGACCUCGUUUAAAAAAAAAAAGAACAACAAUCGUCCCAGAAAUGAUUUCUGAUUUCGUGUGUGUGUGUGUGUGUGUGUGUGUGUGUGUGUGUGUGUGUGUGUGUUUGCAUGUAAAGAGUUGCACUACACAGAAAACAGUCAUUGUUCAAGUUUGUUUUUCUUCGUCUUUCAUCCGUCUGAAAGAAGCAAAUAUCUAUGAAUGAUAUUAAUGAUAACAGAUAUAUCGAUUAUUGAUUGGGACCAACUCGGACGCUUGACAGUGAGUUGUUAUUAAAUCUCAAAUCAAGAGCUUUUCCUCCGUCGUGUGUUUGUUCAUUCCGUGUGUAAAGAGUCCGACUCACUGGAGAAACGUGCUGACUACUGAACCCGCUUCAUGUUCCUGUAAAGUCCAACUGAAACCUGAAAUCACAGAUUCUCUGCAGUCGGGUUGAGUUUGUAAUGCAAAGGUACAUUUACACAAAUGUUCUUUCAGCCUCCAAACAAGUAGAGUUUGAGUCUAAUUGAACUGAAUGUUUCAUCUCAUUCAUGACGAGAAGACUUCAGAGAAGUUAUAUUGAGGAAACAAAUAACUAUUUAAUUAACACAUUAAUUAACUUGACGUCUCACAAUGACGGGAGACGUUAGCUUGGAAGCUAAUUUCAGCUACAGUCCUCAGUCUUUUACUGUUUUAUGCAAAUGAAGUUUUAUUUUUACGAACGCUUAUAUUCACAGACGACGAGGCAUCGGAAUCAAACCUCACGUGUAAAUACACAUUUGGAUACAGAUUUUUUUUGUUUUAUGCACAAAGCAGAUCUUUAUGUUUCAGUUGGACUUUAAUCCUCCGAAUGUUUUAAUAUGUUUGUCCCUCUAAAAGAGCAAAGUUCUGAUCGUUAGUGACCAAAGUUGACCAGAUUUACUCAAGUUUCACUUUAUAUUCGGUCUCCCCAGAGGAUGAUCAGAGGAUGAUCAGUGUCUUCAAUGUCCUGCUGAGGCUUUGACAUCGUAGCCUCUCAGGACUUGUUCUGCAUCGUCUUCUCUCGUCCAUCUGUGUAAAAACACCUGAAGUCUGUUUAUUGUUUUCAAUCUCUCAUCUGAACAAAAGGCAAGAAGAAGAUCUGACGUCUCGUGUCAUCUCCACAGAGUGAGGCGGUUUGUGGAGUGAUGGCGUUUGUGGCGGGUUCAGACUUCUUAAUGUCUUUGGUGCGUGUGAACUGAAGAGCCCUGCCCCCCCCAUGUUGUUGGUUGUGGUAAUGCUAGUGCCUUUGCUGUAUUGUGAAACUGGAUAUUGAUUGUACUGUUGUACCAACAGGGCCUGCAGAUCGUCAGGCACUCUAUUUAUUAUUGUUGACUCAAAUCAAUCAUAUUUUUCUAUGUAAGUGCUUUAAAUAAAUUUGCCCUUUUUUUUAACACGUUGACGUAUUUUUUAUUUUUUUCACACCAAAGAGAAUCUGCAGCAUCUUCAGCGAACAGCAAACUUUAAUUAGAACGACUGUGUCAGUGACAUUAAUGUUAUUAUGGGACUACUGAGAGCUUCUUUAAAUUCAUACCCCUACAGGGCAAAUACAUAAUAUCUUUGGAUAGCCAAGACAUCUUUAAUAUUUACCAAGCUCUGUGGUUCUAAGCCUGAGUGAACCUUCCAUGUGUGUGAUUGGUCUAAAAAGAAAACAAUUCCAAUACGAGCAGAUUAUUCUGGAUGAAUAAUGAAUACAGACAUCCGCUGUUUAAAAGUUCAUCACAAGAGAUGAUGAUGAAUACAUUUCUGCAGCGUUUAAAGAAAGAAAGACUUCAGUUCACAACGGUUUCAGUUUCUGUUUGUUUGUUUUCGUCAGAA